UUAUUGUGGAUUCAUCCACCACUGAAAAUAGUUCCAGACACGCACUUCAAAAACCCCAGCAAGCAGCUGAUUCAGGAUAUUCUGAGACGUGAGCUGUGUUUGUACGUGUGGUUGUGUGUGUUGGUUGUGCAGAGCUGUGGAUGAUAAAGAGCUGUGGAGCAGCAGAGAUGAACUCACUGUGUCUGUGUGCAGGUGUAUGAAGCCGUCAGGUGGAUCCAGCUGGUCAUGGCUCUGCUCAGUGUUCUGGGUUCAGGCUCCAUCAUCAUCUGUGUGAUGCUGCAGAGACUCAGCAGGACGCCGGAGCUGCAGCCGCUGUUCCUGCUCAGCGUGUCCGACCUGCUGCUCGCCGUCUGCUGGCUCUGUGGAGCUGUUCUGUUCUCACAACACUGCAACAGCCUGAACACACACUGCUACAACCUGCACAACGUGGAGCAGAUUCUCUACAUGGCCUCCUUCCUCUACACCCUCAACUACAUCUGGAACCUGUACAGAGGAAUCAGAGAGAAGUUCGACAGCUGCCUCAGCGGACACUCAGCGUUUUCCAACAGAGUGAGCACGGCAGGUAAAAUCACUGCGCUGCUUUCAUGUCUGCUGCCGGUGAUGUUCAUGUCGCCUGCGUUCAUACUAGGAAACAUCAGCCACUGUCAGGCCAACUUCAGCGAGCCCUACAGGUGUUUGCUGAUGCACACUGGAGCUCUAUACCUGAACUCAGAGCCCCGGCCGAUGAUGAGACCCUGCAGCCUGCUGCGCAGCUAUCGCAUCUCCGUGUUCCUCGUCACCUUCCUGCUCACGCUGCUCAGCAUCACCGUCCUCGUGGUUAAAGCUCGCCAUAUUUACAGGCGGGUCGUGACGUCCAACGGUUACCUCGGCAACCAACAGCGGACCUCAUUCCGUGUGAUGGACCAGCGGAUGGUCCUGUACCCGCUGAUCUUUGUCCUCUGCUGGGGUCCAGCGGUGACUCUGGCGUUUCUGCGGCUGGUGAAGCCUUCAGCAGGUCUGGGUGUCGUCGGAGUCGUCCUCUACAUCUCACAGGCCUUCACCUCGGCCUCGCAGGGCUUCCUCAACUGCGUGGUGUACGGAUGGACCAGUGUUCACCUCCGCCAGGCCGGCAGGACGGUCUUAUCCCGAGACGUGAACACUCAGACUCCCCUGCUGCGAGCUCAGAAGAUGAGAAGCUACUCUUCUCUGUGAACCGUCGGCUGAGAGGCGGCUGAGGCCGAUCGUCACCUGCUGCAAAGACUCUUGUGAAAGUCUAAAGGUUUCACUUUCAGCUGGAGGAAAAACACCGUCUCUGCUCAGGACCAACACCUCCAGCUUCGAUCCUAAACCGCCGAGGCGAGAAAAGGGGAAGAAGAAGACGGCGGGGAGUUUACAGCAAGAGGAAGAGCAACGGACAAAACAGGAUUUGAAAGAGACCAACAGGUGGUUUGUUGCAGAGUUAUCACGCAGGUCACAUGAGUUCACUGGUCACCUGGAAGAACUGAAGAAAAAUGUCUUUAAAAACGGUUAAAAUCUUGCAGCAGGAUGCCAGAAAAAGUAAAAAAACAGUAAAUACUGUCAUGUCCAGAAACUGUGAAAACUGUAAAAAUAACAUAUAUGAUAAUA